AUGGUUCUCAUUCGUGGUUCUCGAUUCCCCUUCCUCCAACUAUCCCUCACCUCUCAGUGGAUCGGCUGCACCAAUCGCAACUGUCGCCGUUGGUCGCACGAGGAGUGCGAGAUGGAGUACGGAAUCGACGUCUCCAAGAUCGACCGUCGAUCCUACCAAUGCCCGGGAUGUCGCGACGCGGGCAAGCACUCCGACUCCAACGACCGCCGUCGCUUGGGCCGCCACAACGCGGCGGAUCGCCUGGCGAUCGCGCAGGCCGCAGCAGCUGCCGCGGAAGCGGGCGGCGCAACCGGGGGAGAGAAGGACCGAGGGGGAAGAGGGGGAAGCGGAGGAGGUGCGGAUAAGGGCGGGGUGGCCGGUUCCCCUGGGCGGAUACUGUUCGGGGGAGGGGCGGGCGGAGGGGGAGGCGGAGGGGGUUCGGUUCCUAGUGGGCGGCGGAAGAGUAGGCAAUCCAGCGGCGGUGGCGCUGCUGCUGCUGGUGGGGUUUCUGGUCGGAACAGCCUGCUUGCUGCUGCUGCGGCGGCGGCUGUGGCUGCUGUUGCUGCAUCCCCCGCAUCCCCGCUAUCAGGAAGAGGCCAGGGUACCGCAGGGGGAGCAGGGGGAGCAGGAGGGGGAGAGGGAGGGGCAGGGGGAGAUGGAGCGGGGGGAGGUGGGAGGAAAGGGGCGGGGGGCGGAAGGGGGAGUGGCAGUGUGAAGGUGCUGUUUAAGGGGGUUGCGGGGAGGGGAGGAGGAGCGGGGGAUGGGGAGGGGGAGGCGGUGAAGAGUGACGAAGGGGGGAGUGCACAGCAUGGCAGCUGUAACGACACUGACAGCGACACUUUCCCGGGACUGCAGGACUCGUUGCACUCCCCAAACCCCUCAAGCGAUUCAACCCCUGGCGACCAUGCUGACUCAGCUAACCGCGUUGACCGCAUUGACCAGUCAAAGCCCGAGCUUGCCAUUGACCAGCGGAUCCACCCCGUUGACCACAUUGACCAGAUUGACCCUACGGAUACAACAGACGACAAGGGAGCUGGAGAAGUGGAGGGAGAAGAGGGCGAGAGGGAACGGAAUCGAAAAUCGUCUAGCAGUGGCCACCACAGCAAUAACAGCCAAGAUAACAGUAACGAGUAUGAUAACAGCGAGUAUGGAUGGAAGAAAUCUCCUGGAGCAGCAGCAGGAGCAGCAGCAGCUGCGGUGGCAGGGUCUGUGCUGCCUCGGAGCAGCAAGAGAGUGCAAGGCAGCAGCGCCAAGCCGCUCAAGGUCGACCUGUCCAAGCUGCAGACGAGCUCGCUGCGGCGCUACAAGCGAGUGUACAAGCUCCGAGACGCGUCAUCUGGCAAGGAGGAGCUCAAGCUGGCAGUGGCACAGCACUUCGCGAGUCUGGUCGUAUCUGAGGAGGAGAUUAUACACUCACUGGUGGAGGUGUUUUCCCGGCGGUACCACCAGCGAGCAGCAGCCAAUGCCACGGCUGAGGCCCCUGCUGCAGCUGCAGAAACAUGUUCUUAA